GGCUGCACCUACUCGGGCUCCUUCUCGCUGCUGCUCUUGCUCGCUGAUCUCGAAUCCCGGAUUCACAGCACUUGCUCUGGCUGACCAACGACCUUUUGUCAACUUCGUUUCCAUCAAACCCUGCGCCCUCGAGAAACACCUGCAUCGCCUGUAGUUCAUCUUCAGAGCAUUUGAUUCACACGCUCUUCCAUUCUUACACCAUCUAAUCCGCCCAUUUCCUUAUUCGCCUGCCGACAUCCUAUCGACUAACCACAUCCUGCUACGACCUCAUCAGGUCACCUCCCGCAUUUCGCCCGUCAUCAUUCAGUCAAUUCAGCCGCAUCGUCGCUAGCCGUGUGGUCGUCCUCUCGCUCAUUCGCGACCACAUCGGGCAUACCAUAAUUAACCUCCUAAGCACUGUCCUCGAGAUCGGCGCAUGGUGUUCUUAUCUGCCCGCUACAUCUGUCUGCGCGCACGCCCAAAGACCAGGUCUUUGUAGGCCGACCGCUCGCCCCACAUGAGUGGCAGCGCUACCACGCAGCCUUCAUCAGUAGGCGUUUCGGCACAAGACCUCAAAUCGCCCGACAACUCGAUCUCUCCUUCCGCUGGAUCCUCAAACGAAGCUCCUCAAGACAACGAAACGAUGACAGAGAAGCCCCAACAGCAGACAUUGCCGGUCAACAUCCCCUCCCGCACAUCGUCCCAUCAAAAGGCCGCAGAACAAACCCCUAUCGUACCUCCUCUAGCGCGAGCGCCCGAUGAACCUCCUCCAUCUCCCCGACGAGGUUCCAAGCGAAGCCUGUUAAGUCGGAGUAGGGGCAAUAGCAGGAGCAGUAAGCGCUCAGCAAAACCCGCCCGGGCUAGAGAUGCCUCCAAAGAAGCAGUCCCACCUCUUCCUCAUAGUCCUGUUUCGAAAACCAGCCAGAAAAGUCGAGGCGGAUUCCUUGCCCUCCUAAAUUGCUGCAUGCCACAUGAGUCGCCGAGCGAUAACAGGUCGGAUGAUCCUGAGGUUGCCGCGAAGAAGAUCAGAAUCCAGCCGACAGCACAAAGGACAGCCUCUCGUCCACAAGAACAAACGGUGGAGAACGAAAAAGUCCAGGAAGGUAGGACAUCAGUUGGUGAGCCAUUGCUACCAGGACGAACGGUAGAGGAAGAGAAGGUAGACCUGUCCGAGAAAAGGCCAAUUGAUGAUGCAAGACCCAGGCUAUCGCGGGAGCUACCAUAUCAUGAAAAAGCUACUGUGCCCAACGAGACUAUGACCACAGCAGGUCCAGGGCAAGAUAUUGAAAGAGAAGCGGUGACUAGUGCUGCUCCCGGACAAGACGACAUCAGAACUUUCACCGUCCACGCACCCGACACAGUCGGCAAGCCAGACGUCAACAUAAUCGCUGCGACACCGAUCGAGCCCGAACACCCUACAAAAGCUCAUGAACCGGAAAGCGCGGAGACAAGUGAUGUUGAGAUGGAGGAGGCGCCUCCUGCAGUGCCCGAAAUUGAAGGGGAGCCUAUUGAUGAACCAGUGCAACCCGCAGAGCUUCAACCCCAGGUGCCUCUGCCGCCGCCUCCUCCUUUGGCAAAACGACAGGAACAGGUCAUCACGAAAGAGGUCCCUCCCGUUCCAGAAGCCGCGCCAGAAAAGCAAACAUGGCUUUUGCCUCCUGCACAGCCUCCGCUCAAGGGACGAAAAUGCCUAAUACUUGAUCUGGAUGAGACUUUGGUACACAGUAGCUUCAAGAUCCUCAACCAGGCUGAUUUCACUAUUCCCGUUGAAAUCGAAGGUCAAUAUCACAACGUUUACGUCAUCAAAAGACCGGGCGUGGACCAGUUUAUGAAAAGGGUGGGCGAGUUAUACGAAGUGGUGGUUUUCACAGCAUCUGUCUCGAAAUACGGAGACCCGUUGCUGGAUCAGCUUGACAUUCACAAAGUGGUCCACCACAGGCUAUUCAGAGAAAGUUGUUACAACCACCAGGGCAAUUACGUCAAGGACUUAUCACAAGUAGGACGAGAGCUGAAGGACACGAUCAUCAUCGACAACUCACCAACAUCCUACAUUUUCCAUCCACAACAUGCUGUGCCCAUAAGCUCCUGGUUUUCCGACGCUCAUGACAACGAGCUAUUGGAUCUCAUUCCGGUCCUGGAAGAUCUAGCAGGCCCACAAGUACAGGACGUGAGUUUGGUACUGGACGUGGCCCUGUGAAUCCUCGAUGUUCGGCCUUGACCGCGUCCUUACCGAUAUCUUCACUUCUUUUUGUGGUAUUAGAACAGCAUUCUAUCGAAAAGUCUGUCGGCAUUUUUAGCGAGGCGUCCCAUAAAUUGAUGCUGGGUAGACUCAAGCUUGAGCUCGAAGGGACCCUGGUGCAUGAGGUCCCAGAUCAGGGGGAUUGGCAGUCGAAAAGAAUCCGCAACGCAAAAAAUAACCCUUUUAAUGGCAUCUCGACGGUGUACAAUGUUUUCACCUGACCAGGUUUUGACGGUCUCUUUGAAUCAAAAAGCGGAGGCCUGUGCUGGCGACGCACUUUCACAGAGGUGUUGUUCCAUUUGUUUUGUUUCUUGUUGUUGGUCUGCAUGUUGCAGGCAUGCUUUUGACUUUGCUGGCUCACCGGGUGAGGUGGAAAAAUACCCAAAUAAGAGAGCAGGCGUCGGGAAUGGGCGAGUUUUGUUGUGACAUAUAUACAACUGUACAGUCUAAUGGCUUGUACUCGAAUUUGAGCGAGUGGAAGGAGACAGUAGAAGGACCUCUGUGUCGAUGAGGUUGAAGGGUUCCUCUGGUUCUGGGAGGCUGCUGUGGCACCGAAUUGAGAGCAGAGAAAAGAAUGGACAAGACGACUACCUCUACAGAAAACAAUACUAUUCCAGU